CAAUCAUUUCUACGAACAUAUCGAUGGAGGCAGGCAUCGAGGCAUAUAACAAGUCUGUCAAGACACGAUCAGCGGCAUCGUGAUUCGAAGCCCCAAACCUCUACCCACCUCCACUACUGUUCCUCAUGGCCAAACGAAUUGCAUUCAAAGUCCACGGUAAAGUGCAGGGCGUUGCUUUUCGUGACUUUACCCAGAGGAAAGCCUCGAGCUAUGGCCUCACAGGCUUCGUAUUCAACACCACAGAUGGAAGGGUAGCUGGAGAAGCGCAGGGCGAUGAGGAAGCACUAAAGAAACUGAAGUCAGAUCUGGAUUCAGGACCUAGACUCGCCCACGUCGUCAAACUCGAGAUCAAAGACAUUGAUAUUAAAGAGGGGGAGAAAUCGUUCGAGGUCUCGGUGUGAGAAACUGCAGAAACUCGACUGGCUUUUAUUUGCCACAAACAAGAACGAGAGGCUGCAAUCCGAGUCUGGAUGAAAAGGGGCUGAUAUCAUCGUUAUUGGAGACCUCCGCGGGUGGCUUUUUUGUGCACUUGGCUCCCACAUCACACUGCAUAUCCGGAUCUCCCAAGCGAGGUCGCCGGCCAGCAUGUGCAAAUAGAAACCUGAGCAAAUAAGCAUUUGACGCUGAACCACC